AAAUAAAUAAAAAAUUAAUGGCAGGUAUGAUGGCAUCUUCGAGUUUAAUCAUGAAUUUAUCACUCUCUUCUUCUUCCUCUAAUCAAAUAAGACCCAUCGUCAAAGCUGCCAUUAAUAUACCCAGACGGGUCGCCAAUAUUUCUCUUCCGGGGCUCCGACCCGGUGGAUUUGUAGCCGAAAACGAUAAUUUGCUCUACAGAUCUACAGAUAAACAGUUGAGCCCUAUCAAAAUAAUCAGUACGGUCAACAGAUCCGACCCGAAGAAUAACCCGGACCCGGUUCUGAUGGCGAAGCUGUACGCUGUUUUGGAGGCAGUUUCGGACAGGGUUGAGAUGCACACGAAUAUCGGAGACCAGAGAACCAACUGGAACAGCCUCCUUCUGACAUCGAUCAACGCCCUCACACUCGCCGCCGCCACCAUGGUGGGUGUCGCCGCCGUCAGCGGCGGCGGCGCUCCCGCCGCCGCGCUGAAGCUUUCUUCCACCGUUUUGUACGUGGCGGCGACGGGUAUGCUGUCGAUCGUGAAUAAAAUCCAGCCGUCUCAGCUUGCGGAGGAGCAGAGAAACGCCGCCAGGCUGUUCAAGCAGCUCCGGAGUCAAAUCCAGACUUGUAUAUCGGUCGGAAAUGUGACGGCGGCUGAUGUGAAGGAGAUGACGGACAAGGUGUUGGCUCUGGACAAGGCGUACCCGCUUCCGCUCCUCGGAGUAAUGCUGGAGAAGUUUCCGGCGAAGGUGGAGCCCGCGGUUUGGUGGCCGGAGCAAGGGAGGAAACAGUACGGCAAAGGGAAUAAUAAUAAUAAUAACAAUAAUAAUAAGGGUUACAAUGGCUGGAACGGAAAUUUGGAGAAGGAGAUGAGAGAAAUAGUCAACGUUCUGAAAAUAAAAGACGAAGAAGAUUACAUAAAACUGAGUACAAAAGCACUGAAUCUGAACAAGAUGCUCGCCGUCGCCGGCCCGGUUCUGACGGGUAUGGCCGCCGUGGGGAGUGCUCUCGUCGGGUCGCAUUCGGUCGGGGGCUGCGCGGUGGUGGUGGGAGUUCUGGGCGGCGCGUUGGCGAGUGUGGUGAACACGCUUGAGCACGGCGGUCAGGUGGGGAUGGUGUUCGAGAUGUACCGGUGCAACGCCGGAUUCUUUAAGCUGAUGGAGGAGACGAUCGAGUCGAACUUGAUGGAAGCUGAUCUGGAGAAGAGAGAGAACGGAGAGGUGUUUGAAAUGAAGGUGGCGUUGCAGCUGGGGCGGAGCUUGUCGCAGCUCAGGGAUCUUGCGGCGGCGGACGACAUCGACGAGUUUGCAAGCAAGCUUUUCUAAUGGAUGAAAUUAAUGAACAGCAUUAACAUUUUAAUUUCCCGACAAAUUAUUUAAUUAGUUAAUGUAGAGUUAGUUUAACUUUAGUUUGUGUAAAUUUAGUGCCACGUAUACAUGUCUAUAUAUCAUGCAUAAACCAAUUCUUUUAU